AUGACUAUUCCUUGUGAAUGCCGGCGAAUCUCUCUUGACAAAGCCGAUAAUCAUACCGACGAUGCUUCUCCCUCGACGGCGCAUCUCCCUCGACGUAGCUUCUCCAUAGACCGCACCUCUCUCUUCGUCUUCGCUUCUCUCUCGACGAUUCUUCUCACCUUGAUUUCGAUCUCUUUGACUGCUGGAUGCGAUCUGUUUAUCAGAUACGUGGCGAGGACGUCUGCUUUGGAGUACGAGGAUUUUAACUCGGCUAAGUCGCGUCUCCUUGAACGUGCUGAGAAGUUUGGUGAAAUCUCUUGCAAGGUAAGGUACAUGUUGUUGUAUGCUCUCUGUGUUCCUAUUAGGUAUGAAAUCAUAGCCAAGGGAAGGCCGGAUGGAACAGGAGUUUUGUUAUCAAAUGAGCUAUCGAAGCUCGACGUUCCUGUGAAGCUGCUGCUUGAUUCAGCUGUGGCGUAUAGCAUGGACGAGGUGGACAUGGUGUUUGUGGGAGCAGAUGGAGUUGUAGAAAGUGGCGAUGUUAUCAACAUGAUGGGAAUUUAUCAAAUGGCGCUAGUCGCGCACAGUAUGAACAAGCCGGUCUAUGUUGCAGCCGAGAGUUACAAGAGAAAAGAUGGCCAUGAAUUUCUCGUCGCUUUCAAACGCUCAAAGAAGAUGAGCCACAGGAAACCACCUUCUCCUCGUGGCUUUCCGGAAACUUACACCAGAUAG